UCCCCUCCUUGGGCCCACUCUGGCUCCUUUUGCUGCGGAAAUGACCGGUGAGUUCGCCUCUCAGCUUACACGCUGUGCGCCCAAGCGGUUUGCCACUUGUGCCUCUCUGAACUCUAUCUUCCAAGUCCAGGACCUCAGCCAUUCCCUCACAGUGCUUGCAGCUGAGGCCGGUCGCCUCUCCAAGAACAUCAUAAGCCAUGGCUUCGCUCUGUCCGACUUUGGGGACAUGAACGACGUCAAGAAGGUCCUUCAAGACCUUACUGCGGAGAGGCUGAUCUACCAGGAGGCCGCCGAGCGCCAGGAGGCUGCGGCCAAGGCUAAGGAAGAGAGGGCCAAGGCCAGGGAGGAGGAGGCUAUCCGGAGGGAGGCUCAGGCGGAGGACAUGAUCCAGGCCGAGGCCCAGCGGAGAGGCAGGAUGGAGGCCCAUCAUCAGGAGGAGCUGAGGGGCUCGGCGGGGGCUGCCGAGAAGUGCUUUUUUGGUAUCCUCACUGUUCAUCUGGAAUGA